AUGGACUACAAAUCCCUAGAGACGCAUUUUGCCCCAUUUCUUUCGCACAGAAUGGCGCGCCGCAAGCUGCGAUCGUUUUGGGCCGGCAGUCUUCCAGAACACGUCAAGCCACACCCUGAUCCAAUUGAACUGGCACCUGGGAUGCCCAACGAGGGCCUUUUCCCACUCGAAUCCAUGCAUCUGAACGUUGUCCGCGACCCGUUCCAACAUCUGGGCUACACCAAAAAAUCAAAAAAACUGCACGCAGGCGUCCCCGAGACCGACCCCGACUUCUGCGAACGCGAGUUCGUCAAGGACAAAGUCGACAGCGGGUCUGUAGUCGACGUGUGGAGGUACGAGCCCGACUGCCAAUCUGCCCUGCCGCUUGCAGCGGCGCUGCAGUACACGUCGACCGAAGGGCAUCCGCAACUACUGGGUUUCUGUCGCGAUCUCGUUGCUCGGCUCAAUCCGCCCGCGUAUGACGAGUGGGGCGUAAUUAUGAACAACGGGUCUGGAGACGGACUGUUUAAGGUGUUUGAGACGCUUUGCGACGAAAAUACAACGGCACUUUUCGAAGAGUUUACGUUCACUCCGACGAUUUCCAACGCAGAGGCGACCGGCGCCUCAGUUGUCCCGAUCAAAGUUAAUCUCACGAAUGAUCCAGAGACCCAAGGCAUUGAUGUCGAGUAUUUGCGCAACUUGCUCGAAAACUGGCAAUCGGGGCCCUAUGCACAUCUCAACAAGCCGAAAUUGCUGUACACCAUUGCCACGGGCCAAAAUCCUACCGGGAGGACUCUGUCGCAAAACAAGCGCCGUGAAAUCUACGCACUGGCCGAGAGACACGACCUGCUGAUAAUCGAGGACGACCCCUAUGGGUAUCUGAAGCUCGCGCCAUACAGGUCCGAAGACCCGCUUUACAACGCCUACAAACAGGGCGAGUAUAGCGCACAAGACUACUGCGACAAAGUUUUAGCCAAGUCUUUCGUUACCAUCGACCACAGCGGGCGCGUAGUCAGACUUGAGACGUUUUCAAAGAUGUUCGCGCCAGGCUUGCGUCUGGGGUUCAUCGUUGCCAACAAGUUUCUGCUCCGCAAUUUUUUAGAACUUUCCGAAGUGACGACCCGGGCGCCAAGCGGUGUCUCGCAAGCCGUCGUUGCCAACGUCAUCAACGCUUGGGCAAAGAAUUACGCUACGCCUCAGGAUGCGUGGAUCAACUGGCUCAUGAAAGUUGCUGGCGAAUACACACAUCGUAGAAACGUUUUGUUUCAGGCCUUGUACGACACCGAUGCUUAUCGCAAGGGACUUUUCACGGUCCUGGGGCCCUCUGCGGGGAUGUUUGCUUGCGUGGUGAUAAACUUUGAAAAGUUCGACAAGGUCACAACCGAGACCCGUACAAAGGCAAGCACUGAGCUGAAUUACAAACUUCGCGAAGAAGGUGUCAGAGUUGUGUUGGGAUCCGACAUGGCCGUCAAUCCAGAACUAUCUUUCGAGAGGUCCAGCUUCCUUCGCAUCACUUUCGCACAUGCCAAAGAUGAUGAAGAGUUGAUAGAAGCUGCCAAAAGACUAGGGAAAGGCAUCGAACGGCUAUACGAUGAGUUUUAG